UUUCUAACCCAGUAUGGAAGUUUGAUUACAUAUUCUAGCAAGAAAUACCCGUCCAAAAGCAAACUAAUUAACGCUGACAGAAUUGAUGAGCUUGAUCAGCAGCUUAUCAAUCAAACGGAUGGUCAAUAUCGGAAAGGGUACAUUCAGGGUUUUACAGUUAACUUUAAUCCGGGAAAGUACGAUCGCUUCGCCCUGUAUUGCAUCAUGAGAUCUGUAUAUGAAGAUUUCAAAAAUAGUUUUGAAAAAUUUAAGGUACGUUGUGGCUAAUACAGCUGUGAUAUUGUGUUGUAAAAUGUGAAUGAAAUAAAGCGACGAGAAUAUUGACAUAUGUUUUGCCGAGGAAAAUUCAUGUUAAUGUUAAAUUUGAAUUUGUCAUAUUCAAUAGAGAGGAGAGGUCGUUACGUCAUGUUGCCAUGGUAGCAAAAUUUCUCGAUGUCAACAAACCGUGGACCUGCAAAUAUACCACUGAGAAGAAAACCCGGAUCAAUUUAGAUUUCUGAGAAACUGCCUACCUACCCCUCCCCUAAGCCAAAAUUUUGCCUUAAGUGAGAAGUAAGUGAUAAUGUUGGCUUAGGGAAGGGGUAGGUGAGCAGGUUCCCAGAAACCUUAAUUGACCCGAAAACCCUUGUUUGACGUUCCUGUGCAUGAUUGGCAUCAGGAACGAAACGGUAGCCCAUACUUUUCUUCCAUGGUUGGACAAUGGAAAUGACCGUCUCUGUAACGACAGAUCGUUGAGAUCAAGACAUUUUGCUACCACGGUAACGUGACGUCACACUUCACCUGUCACUUUGACACUUUGAGCUUCCCAGAUUUUUGUGUCAUUUAACCUAGUGUCUUUUUCAACUCUUAAACCCUUCUCUUCUUGACUUUAGAUCUGUGGCUCUUACCUUUUCAUGGGCCUCCGAUCAAAGAUUAAACGGUCGUGACAGCCGUCUUUUUAAGGACUUUGCUUCUUUUGCCUGGAUUAUUGUCAACAAACUCGAACUGACCCGUAACUUACUCUUUUUCUAAGCUUGCGAACAUGCUUUCCUUGAGUUAAGCUUAGCACUGCCCUUUUGGAGUUAACUUUUUCGAGGAGAUACCGACUGGAAUGGGGGGGGGGGGGGGCAAAAAAAAGCGGGUUUUUUUUUUGGGCGGGGGAAAAAAAACCCCCCGAAAUCCCCAGCAAAACCACAAACUCGCAAUUUGAGAAAAAAGAAAGAGUAUUGUCAAAAAACUGAAACUUCCCUGUUACUUUCUUUUGUUGUGGGCUUGAGAAUCCUUUUUCCUUGGGUAGAGCUUGGCCCGGCCUUUUGGGGUUUAACUUUUUCGGGGAGACACCGGCGGGAAGGGGGGGGGGGGGGCACAAAUCAUGACGUUUUCUGUCAUGGCAGGAGGAAAAUCAUCCCUCGAAAUUCACAGUCAUACACGUAACUUGCACAGUUGCGAAAAGACAGCAAGGAAAACACUCCGGUUUUUAAAAUAUGUAUUUUCCCUGACGACUGCGAUACCGGUGCCUUGCACUUAGCAACCAAGUUAGUAUAUUAAAUUGUAUAGGUGCAAUUUACGCAUACACACAAGUUGCCCUAAAUCUCCUCAGCGACGCCAACACCAACCAAAAAGUAGCCUCAAGUCAGCUAUGAAUUAGAAAGCUGGGAGCCAGGCGGGGCAGAGGAGUAAAAGCCAUUAUUGAACUUUGAAUAAAAUCUGAAUAAAACAGCUUCUUUGCAUGCCUCAAACACAGAUCUGCCCAGAAUCUUUCAUCAAGACUUCAAAACCAACUGAGAUUUCAAAAUAGGACCAACCGCAUCUAACAUCAACGGAUCAACCCAACUUCUUGCAUGACUACUCACCAAAGGCCUCAAAACGAAGCUAUAUAACAUCCCAGCACAUCUGAAAAAACCCUAAACCUGAAGCCCAUGAAGGCUAACAACGCCAACUGGAAAAUUCUCAUAUGUUAAAAUGCACCCCUAGCCGCUUAAUAUAUGUAAUAAACCUAAACAAAGAUAUCAUUCCUAAAACUCGAUAUUAUUUCUUUUGCUUCUACUCCUUAUAAUUAGUAUGAAUUUUAUUAUUUAACAUCAAAAUCGUCCAGAUUUAACAGAUCGCAACUUUAAAUUUUUGUUUUUUCAUUUUAAUCGAUUGGCUAGGAAUUUUUUUUUCCGUUUUUCAUAUGGACAUUUCUAUUCACCUUUCAAUAUUCAAAUCAUUAUUGGAAAUAGCUUUUAUUAUACAUGCAAAUUAUUGAAUUUAAGUGAUAACUUACGAUAAUUCCACUAAAUAUUUUUGCGACUUCAAGAAAAAUUCAAGACAGGAAUCUUUAAUAUCAGGCGCACACUUAUACCAGAAGAAAUCGAUAACAACUUUGAGCUUAAAGAGUGUGAACCAAGACAUCUAUUCAAACCCGGAUACCACUUAAGUGUGCAAACGACAAGUCUUUUAAUACAAUACGCCAAGGGAAAGGUUAUUGCUUUUGGUCUCACACACCACAUUUGCACUCAAAUAUUACACGAGUUGACGAUUGGAGGCACUAACAGAGUUAUGACUCACUACAUAUCAACUCUCACGGCAGCCAAUCAGGAUGAAUCUUCAGUGUCACGUGCCCUAUUCAAUGCCUUAAUUAUACUGGUAGAUAUUUCUUAAGCCCUUCCAGAGUAUACCCAAGGUGACGAUAAGUCAAAUAGGGAAGGCCUUUGAAGAAGGCGUGGCACUAAUUUUGACACCUUGUACGUUUUGUUGGUCCAGUCGUUGUAAGUAUUACUUGUUAACACAAUUUAGAAGCAAUUUCAGUGUUAUUUUAAAACGAAUAUAAACAUAUAUAGAAAAUGUAUAAAUUAAGGUAAACGGUACUGGUCUGGCUUUAUUGAAGGUAAAACUUUGGCCGAAUACGCAAAAGAGAGUCUUUUUGUAACUCAAGAAAUUUUUCGAAAUUGAAAAGUGAAUAUCAACGAGGCCAAAGAAAACCAGAAUUCAAAUUAAAUUUUAAACGCAAUUAAUUUUUAAACGUGUCCGUGUUGGCAGCUAUCGUUUAAUGACGAACAGCUGUAUCAUCAACCUAGUUAUUUAUAAGCCGACAAGGUGCCGAUAUAGUGGGAAAAAAAAUCCAUUAACAGACACAGAAAAGAAAGUAAGUUCUUAGUAAAACUCAAAAUCGUUGAAUGCCUACGAACCAUCUUUAUGAGCUGAUCGUCCAAAAGAGGUUAAUCUCCCUCUCAUAUUAAAACAAGUUUAAAAGCUUCAAUUUCUAUUACUAUGAACAAAUACAACGCCUUUUUUUGUCAAUACUCGAUUGACAGCGAGACUCUUUUUUACACAGCCUUAACCUCGAAUAAGAUUUUACUGCACACGCGAAUUUCGCCGUUGAAAAAUUGUGGGAAUUCCUCAGAAUUUUUUGGUCGGGGUGCGCGCUGUUAACGCUGUCAGUAACACACUUUAAAUCAUCUGCGUGUUAAAGUACGGGUGCUAUAGUUCAAGAGUUUUAAAACAUUUCCUAUCUCUUCUCUUCAAAGCAUAUAUUUGACACGUCUUAAACGACGGCAACGAACGUUAUUGACUUAUUUAAAACUAAUUAAUAAUUCAUAACUAGACUAUAGAAAACGCUACUCUUGCAAAGGAGGACUAUAGUAUUUUCAUAAGAAAGGCAUCGAUCAGGAUUUUGAAGCUACUACAAGCACUUAUCAAUUAAAACAGCUGUUACACAGUGCGAACCUGUCUACAACGGUCACCUUAAAGACAUAAAGAUAAGUGGUCGUUUUACAGAGAUGUCGUUUUAAAAACCUUUAAAAAAAAAAGAAAAAAAAAAGCUUAUCAAAAGCAUAUUAACAUCAACACAAUCAACAAAUGUCAAUAAACAAAAAUCAUGUGUUAAAAAAACAAAAAACUAACCAAAGCGAUUUGAGUAAAGCGAGCAUUAAUUCGAAGAUCGUUCACUUUUAAAAGGCCAUGUGUGGUGAGGUAACGUUAAGACAGUUGCUCGCUAUUUUAAGGCCCGAGGCCGUUGUGAAGAGAUGGCCGCAUAUUUUAACUCUGAUAAAAGCACAUUAAAAACAUUCGGCUUCCCUUCAGUUGCUUCGUUAUGUUUUAAAAUAAUGGCGCUCAAACGGUGAGCGUGUUUAGCCGCGACAGUUAUAUUCGUACUAUUCGUACUAGCUCCCCUUGUAUACGUUGUGGUUCAAGGAGUUGGUUUAAAUUUUAUUUUCUUUUGUUUCGGGAUAUGGUAAUGUAUGAUAAUGAGUUUGAAACAAAAGAAAAUUAAAUUUAAACCAAGGAUAAAAUUGAACCAUAAUCGAGACACAACCACCGCUGAAAAAAUCGUUUACCACUAGUUUACAACUCGUUAAAUAACGAAGAAACUCGCGCCUGUAGCACAUAGCUUCUCUGCUGCGAAGAUAUUGUUGUCCAGUUUAUUCCCGUUUCACCGUUUUUUCCCCUUUCCUCAAAAACCAACAUUCUAACCUGCGCAAACACAAAAGCCAUACCAGAUAGGGAUUCCGCUGAUACAAAAGAACGAAGAUUUCUGUAUAGCAGUAAAGGUCGCGAAGCUAGCCUAUCGGAUAGGGCUCUGUUACUCUAUCUUCCGUAGCGGAAGUUAAUGAGUACGAGCGGGGAUUGGAACCCAGAGACGGAAGUAAACCUUUAGACCCUCCCGAGUCCCUCCAGGCCAAACGCUCCGGUACGAUGUUUCGAUGGAAGUGAACGACUUGCUACAGUUCUGUGACGUUCCCUUCCAUACUUAAUCGGAUAGCUACCCGGUAUAGUCCGUGUGUAGUCCUUAGAGGGCCACAGGUUUGUCGGUUCUUGGAUUUGUAUAGUCCUCUUUGAACAAUGUUGGUCAGUUUUUAAUUUUGCGUCGGUUCUUGGAUUUGUACAGUCCUCUUUGAACGUAACAACGUUGGUCGGUUUUUAAUUUUUCUAGACAAAAGAAAAGGCAACGCUCAUCAUGAAUCGCUUGAUUUUACUGAUUUUCGUGGUGAACAUUGGCUUCUGUCUGCUGGCUGAGGGCUGGAAGAAGGGACGGAGACACAGGAAAAGGGAAGUAACGAAAUUCAUGCACGUAUCAGAUGUACAUUUCGACUUGUUCUACAACCAAUCAAUUAGCGAGGACACCAGUUGCCGCAUCCUCGGAGACCCAGGGGCAGUCAGUCGGGUCGAGAGAAAAGGCGCGACGAAAGUUUUCAAGUACGGGCGAAAGAGCCCCUGGGUACCGACUCUUAACGAACCAUUUCCAAAAAUUCAAACGGAUGCCACCUCCUGAUUGGGCACAAAAAAACCUUUGUAUUAUUGUGCCCAAUCAGCGAACAGCAUCUCCUGAGUUCUUUUCAUGUGUUCGUACACGACGGCUAUUAUCUCGCCAUACUUGUCUGGUUCGUUCACCAAGGUUGUGCGUGCAUAUUCGCAAGGGAAACUUUCACUUUCUGCNCAUCCUCGGAGACCCAGGGGCAGUCAGUCGGGUCGAGAGAAAAGGCGCGACGAAAGUUUUCAAGUACGGGCGAAAGAGCCCCUGGGUACCGACUCUUAACGAACCAUUUCCAAAAAUUCAAACGGAUGCCACCUCCUGAUUGGGCACAAAAAAACCUUUGUAUUAUUGUGCCCAAUCAGCGAACAGCAUCUCCUGAGUUCUUUUCAUGUGUUCGUACACGACGGCUAUUAUCUCGCCAUACUUGUCUGGUUCGUUCACCAAGGUUGUGCGUGCAUAUUCGCAAGGGAAACUUUCACUUUCUGCUUCCCUAAACAGAAACGAAGGAACUAUCGAUGACUCGGAAAAACGUUUCGGAUGACUAUUCCCAUUUGCGACAGGAAAAUUCUGCUUCUGAUCAUCAGAAGGUAUCGUAAAUAACGUAAAUAGAAGGCGUGAUCGAUAAAAGCUUGAAUUGAAUACGUCUUGAAAGCUCAAGCUUUAAAAUACCCUCACAUGCGUUUCCAUGUGUUAGUUUUCGGAAAGACAGUAUUUUCAAAUAGACGGGGAUGUUCUGUAACUGAAAGUUUUCUGAUUGCGUGCAUUUCUUUGAUGAACGAGCCAGACAAGUAUGCACGCACGCAUGCAUUCCCACAGGUAAAGUAUACAUGCAUAUGAAGAAGGCCUAAUAAAUUACCCGCGAUAAGUAGGUUACGCUACGCAAUUGUGAUUUUCGGAGAAUCAUGUUAGUAGUUAGCUUUUAACCGAUGACGAACAUAAGUGUGGUUGUGAGUUUUUGGAUUAAAAAAAGAGGAAUAUUAGUGGCGAAUUUGGAAAGAUUUACCAGGCUGUGUUCAAUGAAAAUUUAAGUGAAAAUGAUGCUCUGCCUCGUGCAGUUUGUGCCAGCUGCAAAUACCAAAUUGAAAAGGCAUGGCAAAAGUCAAGAAAAGCAGAAGAACAGUCAUUUCAGUACUUGUCAUUGUUAAAAAGAAAACUCACCCAGUCUCCUUUGUCAUCAAGUUGUGGUGACAAGCUAACAAAGCACAAGAAGAGCUGGAUAAAUUCAGUUUAGAUGCGCAUUCUUACAAUUUUUAGGUCAAGUCAAAAAUUUAUUCGAAAUAGUUGGUUCAGUAUGGCCACAUAAGGUUUCUCCUAAGAGAUUACUAAGGACUACAAUUUUAAAAGAUGGAUACAACUCUUUUUCAUUUGACCCCACAACAAUGGCCUCAAAUGCAUGCCCUAUACUAUUAGUAAAUAGGAUAUUAUGUUAGUUGGUUGUCAUUACAAGUUUCCCUAAUCCCUAAUAGUGUUACACUCAGUUACAAACAGCCUUAAUUUUGGCUUCUUUUACCUUAAAAAGAUGAAAAAAUUUGUUGGCCAGACAGUGCAAGUGAGUCAUUUUAAAUUUUCAAAACCUAAUAGUGGCUAUCAACUCUCCUAGCCAAUUUUCUUACUGUAAAGAGGAAACAUUCUCUCAUGAGUGACAUGACAGAUGUACAUUAUAGGUGUUGGUCUUCUCUAGUAGGAAAGGUACAGUUUCCUAUAUCUGCAGAAAUUAAUUGCAUUGCAUGUACUUAAUGUAAGCUCUCAGGUGGUCAAAAUGUCACAGUAUAUACAGUACAUUGUAUACUGGAAGCAAGGAUCAUAAAGCCUGCCACAAUGUUACCUCCAUCAUAAUAUUGUCUUUGUGAUGUUUUGCUACCCACUAACUCAAAACCAUGGCCAGUUUUUUUUUAAUCAUGCUCCUUUAAUAUAUCUUUUUUGAAGUGGACAGUCAUAGUUAGACCCCUAUCAGGAAUUGCUAAAUACUAUGUUGUAGUUGUCUACUGUUUCCGCAUUUCUUACACAAAAUUAUGUACAUUUUCAUGCCUAAUAGUGUUCUUGGAAUUAUUCAAUAUCUUAUGAUUAUACAGGAUGGAAAGGAGCCAUUCAGAAAGUGGGGUGGUCUUGUUGGUGAGAUCAGGUCUUUUUUGCCAAAGCAAGUUUCGUUUUUAGCACUUACAGCCACUGCUUCACCCUUGACCAGAGAUAAAAUCAUUAAAAGUUUGAGUUUAAAGAAAUGUCUGGAAAUAUCAGUUAGUCCAAACAGAGAGAACAUCAAGCUGCUUGUUUUGAAGGUUACCAGUGAAAUUUCUGUCAACUUUACAUGGCUUGCCACGGCGUUAAACGAAAAGAACAUUGCAUGUCUGUGGACAUUACUGUAUGUCCGAGACUAUAAAACAUGUGGUGAGCUCUACCAAUUUUUCAUGAGCAGUUUGCUGGACAAGGCGUACCACCCAUAUGGUGCUGAAAAGAAGUGUACAAGCCCUUAGAAUGGGGGUAGACAUAUUAAAAGGGUUUACACCAUGUUAUAAACUAUGGUCCUCCCCCUGACCUAGAAUCAUAUGUUUAAGAAAUGGGAAGAGCUGGUAGAGAUGGUGCAUAUUCAGAGGCAGCAUUACUCUGAGUGUACAGCAUGCAUUCAAAGUGUAUGAUUGUCUUUCUGAGGUCUUUACAGACCUACAACAAGAAAGUCUGGAGCAGUAGUUAAUAUAUAAUUUUACUUGUCAGGACUUUCCGUAUCAAUGCCUUUCAUCCACAUAUGCUGUGUAUCUUGAUAAUAACAGUAUAUUUUGCAAAGAAUAAUGACUUUUCUAAGGAUAUGAUAUUUCAAUACCUACAGCUGGAUUUGGCUUUGAUAUGCCCUCCUCUUAAAGAAUUUGACAAAAUGUGUUUUUCUGUGGGACAUGGGGCUGUUCCGUUAAUAUAAAAAUUCAGUUUUUUUUUUUUAAAUUCUUUGUACCAUUUGUUCUUGUUUUGAAUGAAAGACCGUGAAAGGUGGGUCCCUGUUAUCAGCCAGUAGGGACAGAGACUGAUAGAAGUCAGUGAUUGAUUUGACUUGCAUGGUUUAAGUGAUGCAAAAUAGCUCUUACAGUUUUAAAAGAUCACUUUCCUGCGUCAAUGCUAGAAACUAGCUUUUUCAUUUGCCCCUACAAAGUCAAUUAAUAAUUUUUUCUUUCUGACAGAUUUUUAAGAAAAUUGGCUUGGAGAGUUGAUAGCCACUAUUAGGUUUUGAAAAUUUAAAAUGACUCACUUGCACUGUCUGGCCAACAAAUUUUUUCAUCUUUUUAAGGUAAAAGAAGCCAAAAUUAAGGCUGUUUGUAACUGAGUGUAACACUAUUAGGGAUUAGGGAAACUUGUAAUGACAACCAACUAACAUAAUAUCCUAUUUACUAAUAGUAUAGGGCAUGCAUUUGAGGCCAUUGUUGUGGGGUCAAAUGAAAAAGAGUUGUAUCCAUCUUUUAAAAUUGUAGUCCUUAGUAAUCUCUUAGGAGAAACCUUAUGUGGCCAUACUGAACCAACUAUUUCGAAUAAAUUUUUGACUUGACCUAAAAAUUGUAAGAAUGCGCAUCUAAACUGAAUUUAUCCAGCUCUUCUUGUGCUUUGUUAGCUUGUCACCACAACUUGAUGACAAAGGAGACUGGGUGAGUUUUCUUUUUAACAAUGACAAGUACUGAAAUGACUGUUCUUCUGCUUUUCUUGACUUUUGCCAUGCCUUUUCAAUUUGGUAUUUGCAGCUGGCACAAACUGCACGAGGCAGAGCAUCAUUUUCACUUAAAUUUUCAUUGAACACAGCCUGGUAAAUCUUUCCAAAUUCGCCACUAAUAUUCCUCUUUUUUUAAUCCAAAAACUCACAACCACACUUAUGUUCGUCAUCGGUUAAAAGCUAACUACUAACAUGAUUCUCCGAAAAUCACAAUUGCGUAGCGUAACCUACUUAUCGCGGGUAAUUUAUUAGGCCUUCUUCAUAUGCAUGUAUACUUUACCUGUGGGAAUGCAUGCGUGCGUGCAUACUUGUCUGGCUCGUUCAUCAAAGAAAUGCACGCAAUCAGAAAACUUUCAGUUACAGAACAUCCCCGUCUAUUUGAAAAUACUGUCUUUCCGAAAACUAACACAUGGAAACGCAUGUGAGGGUAUUUUAAAGCUUGAGCUUUCAAGACGUAUUCAAUUCAAGCUUUUAUCGAUCACGCCUUCUAUUUACGUUAUUUACGAUACCUUCUGAUGAUCAGAAGCAGAAUUUUCCUGUCGCAAAUGGGAAUAGUCAUCCGAAACGUUUUUCCGAGUCAUCGAUAGUUCCUUCGUUUCUGUUUAGGGAAGCAGAAAGUGAAAGUUUCCCUUGCGAAUAUGCACGCACAACCUUGGUGAACGAACCAGACAAGUAUGGCGAGAUAAUAGCCGUCGUGUACGAACACAUGAAAAGAACUCAGGAGAUGCUGUUCGCUGAUUGGGCACAAUAAUACAAAGGUUUUUUUGUGCCCAAUCAGGAGGUGGCAUCCGUUUGAAUUUUUGGAAAUGGUUCGUUAAGAGUCGGUACCCAGGGGCUCUUUCGCCCGUACUUGAAAACUUUCGUCGCGCCUUUUCUCUCGACCCGACUGACUGCCCCUGGGUCUCCGAGGAUGCAGUUGCCGCAGCACGGAAGGAUUCAAGAUAGCAGAUUAUGAAGCGCCUUAUGGGAGAAUUGGAUGUGAUUCACCAGAGUGGCUUUUGGAAAGUACCCUUACUGCUAUGAAGGAAAAAGGAAAAGACGCCGAGUUUAUAUUAUUAACUGGUAAGAGCGGCGUAAAAGCACACAAAUUAGAGACCUUUAGCAACAGGUUUUUCAUGCAAAACCGCAAACCUAAGAAUGUCACGUGACCACGGUCUUGCGGUCGCUUUGCAGUUCACGUCUGAACGGCAGAAGGGGCGUCCAGUGGUAAGUGACUUACGGCAAGGCUUUUUGCCACUAAAAAUUAUACAGCCUUACGUUUAAAGGCACGAAGAAGCUUUCUUUAUCCGCCUUAUGAACGCCUUGUUAAAAUUUGAAAUCCAGGCAAAGUGAAACUGCAAACGCGUAACUGCAAACUGCAGUUUGCAGUCUCCCAUGAAAAACCUAAUGCUAAAGAUCUCUGUUGGGAAGGAAACGUGCAACAGCGAGUGAACAUUUCUGGCUAUGAGCUCAGUGUUCGUACUGUAAGGUUUAGGCGACAAGGAGGAGACGCACUUUACGCAGAAUGAAGAUAUGAAACCCAUGCGGUAACGCCGUAGUGAUUUCUGUCUCAGCGAGCAGAGAAUCUGUUGGAUCUGGUUCGACUUAAUGGCUAUCAAAUUUUCUGGCAUUUUGGUCUUGACUAGACAGAUUGCAUGUCAGAGAAAUGUGUAGCAAGAUUACACAUCGACUAAAUAUUGCGUCAUCCACACUCUAAUUAACUGAGUUGAUAAGGUGUAUUUACUUACACUACUUAAACGAAGAACCACAGUUACCUUUCUUUAGCAUUCUGUAUUUCAAAAUAAGCUGGGAAUUAAGCGGCAAUCGCAAGUUUAAUAUGUAUUACUUUAUGGUUGAGAUUAUUAUCAACUACAAAUAUUUCUCCGUUUCUGACUGGCUAUAAUCUCUCGGUUUAUCCUUCGUAACUAAUUGGCUAUGACCAAAUUUGGUUAGAUUAAACUAUUAUUGACGUCAGUCACUUAGACGUCGAUGAUUACACGUAUACUGCAAUUACACCAUCAUCGACGUCACGCAAGACAGCAGCGCGGAAUCCUAGCUGUUUUGGCAUGAAUGCAACACUCACAAAAAUUCUCCAACCUGACGAAGAGCUUUACGUGGAGGUAAGAAUGUUUCAAAAGAACUUGGAAAUAUUUUAAAUAAGAUCAAACAAUUAUCAUAUAGUUGAAUUUCGCUCUGGUAUGAUAUGAAGAAUUACGCAGAUCUCGACUGAGGCCGACAGCCCCCUCGACCUGCACAAUUGUUCAUUAGGUGAACAUCAACUUCAUUCAAUAAUUGUUUUAAAAUUGCGUUAUUUUAUAGGGGACUUAUCUGCUCACGACAUGACCGAUGAUCAAGGAUCUCCAAAUGUUUUGAAGGCCAUUCAGACAGUCAGCAGCAAAGCCCAUGAAGUUUUCCCAGACAUUCCAAUCUUUCCAGCCUUCGGCAACAAUGAUAUCCCUGGGCAUUACGUUCUUCCUAUAAAUCGCUCUGACCCAUGGUACGAGACCGUGUUAACUUACUGGGCGCCGCUGAUUCUUUGUCCUGGUUGCCCGAAAGAUGUUCAAAGGCCUACUACAAUGGACGCGCUGAAAAAAACUUUUCUGGAUGGUGGUUACUAUAGCGCGAACAUUGCAGGUUGGUUCAUUGUCCAUUGACACCUUCAAUCGAGUAGGGUGCUUCAGAGGUAAAUCUUAGAGACUUCACGCGUAACACCGUGUGUCACUAGAUUUUCUUCCACGCGUUUGAUGAUUUAGUUCUCGGUGUUUGAAUAUCAGAUGAAACACUCCUUCUCGUGUUUGAUGUAUUACUUCUCGGUGUUUGGAUACCAGAUAAAACACUCCGCCUAGUGUUUGGUAUAUUGCUUCUCAGUCUUUGGAUAUCACAUGAAACACUCCCCCUCGUGUUUAUUGCUUGACUUCUCGGUGUUUGGAUAUCAGAUGCAGCACUCCUUCUCGUGUUGAUGUCUCAAUUCUCGGUGUUUGGAUAUCAGAUAAACGUCUCCUCGCGUUUGAUGUAUUACUACUUAGUGUUUGGAUAUCAGAUAAAACACUACUCGUGUUUGAUUCAUUACCUCUCGGUGUUUGGAUAUCAGAUGAAACAAUUCUCAGUGUUUAGAUAGCAGGUGAAACACUCCCAAAUAGCUUGCCGUCUCUUCCCGGAUUUAAGAUUUCAGAUGAAACACUCCUUCUGUUGUUUCAAAUAUUACUUCUCAGUGUUUUUGGAUAUCAGAUGAAAUACGCCUCGUGUUUCACUAUCGGGUAUUACUCUCCAUCUCAUCUAACCUAGGUCUUCCAUUUUUUUUACCUGCUCUGUUGCUUUUCAUCUCUAGAUGGCAAAAUGGUUGUGCUCGUGCCAAACGCCAUGUACUGGAAUAACAAUUGGCAAACCUAUCCUCUGUGGGACGAGAUAGCCGAAAGGCAACUGCAGUGGCUUGCGGAACAACUGGCGCUGGCCAAAAACAAGGGCAAAAGAGUUCUAAUAAUGAGCCACAUACCACCUGGGUGAGUUUUUGUCACUGUCUAGCUGUAGUCACAGUGGAGAAUUAAAAAUAUAUAAAUAGUCCUACUAUAAAGCCAUGUGACAAUGCGCCGUGAUGGUUUUGCAAAAUUUGCAGGAAAAAAAACCAAUAAAUAAAAAAGUUCUGGUUGGAGGGAAACGCGUUAGUUCUUGUCAACAAAAACGACCGUAGUAAUGUCAGCUUCAAAUCCAGCAACUUGUGAAGAAAAAGGAUGAAUAGGGUGAUAUGAUAAUAUCAUUGAGAGGUUUGAGCUAACUAUCGAACAAGGAGGCCUAGCCAAUCACUAUAUCAUGUGCCGUUGUAAACUUGAUGAACAUAACCGUUUAGCAUGCGUGAGAGGAAAGAGAAGACGCACCUGUCGGAACGUGUGACUCGAACAAGCAACGGCACGACAAUCGACGAGUCAUAAACCUUUCGCAGGAGGAAGCUCUGGAGCAAAUUCAGACUUAGCAGUCUCGAUAACAGUCAUCUUUACAGUUAAUUAAUACAGUCAACUCUCUCUUAACGGACACCCCUAUAAGACUGACACCUCUGUAAAACGGACACCUAGAGUUGGUCCCUGCUUUUCUUUGCUCCCUUUAUUUGACUCUCUAUAAGACGGACAUCUCUCUAAGACGGGCAGCUAGUGCUGGUCCCAAAGGUGUCCGUUUUAGAGAGAGUUGACUGUAGACCUCUUCAGCUUUUAUGUUUUGUUUUCAGGUCAUUUCGUACAGGUCAUGUGACAAUACUCGUGAAAACUGUUUCUUUCAAAUUUGGUCUUAUUCACGUACAUAUUUACGCAUAAUUUCUGAAAAAAACAAAAAAAAAUCGACGAGCUGUAAUAAGAGCACAAAAGCUGAAAGUAAAACAACUAAACAAAAAUUAAUGGGUUUAUUAUCGUUACGCAGAGGCGAUCCGUUUAACUAUAAUUACUUCUGGAUACCCAAAUACACCGAGCGAUAUGUUAGUCUUGUUGCUGGAAAAUACCACGACGUAAUAGCAGGUAAAAGACAUUUUUUUUAACCUAACCUAACCUAACCUCACCCAGACCCAGAGACCAAGGGACAGUCAGUCAGGUCGGGACAAAAGGCGCGACGUAAAGUUUUCAGGCACGGUCAAGCGAAUGCUGGUUCCUGAUUGGGCACAAAAAAUGUUAUGUAUUGUGCCCCAUUGGCGAACAGCAUAUUUUGAGUUAUUUUCGUGUGUUCGCACACGACGGCUACUGUCUCACCAUACUUGUCCAAAAAAUCUGAUAAACGAGCGAAUCCGAUCGCCUCUACAUACAUAUAUACAUACUACAACUUUGAUUAAACUCAGUAAAAUCAUUUAGUAAUUUACAACGUUACAAAUAAAUAUUUUAGUUAAAAGAAUAUAUCUGUGGCAAUACAUUCACUAUUUUACAAGGCUGUCGAGUGGGAAACCGAUGAUUGAAUCACUCGAUUAUAUUUCCCUUUUGAAUUGCCCUGUUGACUUGAUGUUUCUAACAUACUCUGGUAAAGAACUCCAUAAUUGGGCCCCGCUAUAGCUAAAGCUACGCUUUAGAUAAUUAGUGUGUGGCUUAGGCAAAGUUAGCUUACCGCUCGAGUUUCGUAGAUUGUAAUAUGAACUUCGUUUAUUGAAUAAGUCCGUUAAGUACACUGGGGCUAGUGCAUGAAGGGACUUAAACAUCAUAACUGCCUUUUGUUUUUGCCUUCUUGCUAAGAGUGUAUGCCAUAGGUAUAUAGGGUAAUUUUGGAGUGGGCGCUUGGUAGAGGUUAGAAGCGCAUACUCGAUUUAAAUCGGCACGGGCUGGGGCUUAUUAGAAGGGGGCUAUUAAGAGGGGCUGGGGGCUAACCAGAGGCCAUAAUGUAAGUGUCUGCUAGUCAUCUAGAAACCUUCUUCUAUCCGUCUUUCGGCUACUAUGCGAUCUAACUUUACCAUGAUCAUUCCCAGCAAGAGAAUUUCGCUUUCGUUUCACUUCCAGGACAGUUCUACGCCCAUACGCACAAAGACGAUUUCCGUCUUCAAAUCCUCAACACUGAAGACGAGAAAACGUCCACAAAAUCCUUUGUUUUACAAACUGCCUCCGUAUCGCCCAUCUACUCAAAUAAUCCCGCCUUCAAGGUGUUUACCAUGAGGACAGAUAUACAGGCGCUGGUCGAUUACGAUCAGCAUUACUUGGACUUGGAGGUAGCCACAGGUAUGCAAAUGUUACUUGACUUUUCGCCACAUGUAAGGUAAUCCAAGACAGUCUUGAAUUCUGGUUUCCACAAUGUAGAUUCCGGAUUCCAGUUCCUGGAUUCCAUGUUCCAGGUACCGGAUUCCGGAUUCUUUGUCAGUGGAAAUGGAAUCCGGAUUCCAAUCGUUAGCGGAUUCCUGAUCCCUUGAGCUGGAUUCCGGAUUACAAAGCCCAGGAUUAAGGAUCCCAUGGGGAAAAAUUUCCCUGAUUCUGGAUUCCAUGAGCAAAACUUGCCCGGAAUCCGGAAGCCGGAUUACCUUACAUGGGGAGGAUCACUAUACGUUUCCGGGAAACUGCCCACCUACCUCUCCCCUAUGCCAACAUUUUGCCCCAAGUGAGAGGUACGUGUUAAUGUUGGCUUAAGGGAGGGGCAGGUGGGCAGUUUCCCAGAAAAGUACAAUGACCCCAUGGGGCGAGACUUUCAAAACUAGUAGUAAUUACAAAUCAGAGGAACACGUCCGACAGGUAAUGAUUUUACUGCAUGAUAAGUCACGUGUUUUUUGGGUACACGAGGCUAAAACGUCAGAGCGAGGUAUAAAAUGAAUACCAGUUACCAGCCACGAAAAGCUCCUGAGAUAAAUUUUGCGGGGACAGCUUAAGUGUUCUCAAAAAGAGAAUACGGAGACUACUUUGAUGAAAGACGAUAUUAGGACUGCACCCUUCAGACGCAAAUGGUAGGUUUGUACUGAAAAGCUACUGGUCAAGGAGUUUAACCCGCAUAAAAAUUGUCUUCAAACCGUGUUAGGAAUUGACCAACUCAAAACGACGUUUUAAACUGAAUGUGAGAUAGGGAUCAGCAAAGGUUACGAAAGAAAACAAUAAAAUGUGUGGGCCUGCAUCGCUGUUUUGGAAAGGCAGUAUACCUGUGUUUCUUAGUCGAAAUUCUACCAUCAUAUAUACAAUUAAUAACCACUAGAUUCUUGUAGUGCCCCGUGGUGAAGCAAAGCGUUAAUUUGCCUUCUUGCACCACGUUGUGUUUGCCUUUGAUGCUCAUCCUUUGAACCAUUAUCCAAGAACUACGAGUACGCUUAGGUUUCACAGCGCUAAUUUAAUUAAUUUUGUUUUUGCAGAGUUCUCUAACCCGGUGUGGAAAUUUGACUACACCUUUAGCAAAAAAUACCCGUCCAAAAACAAACUGAUCAACGCCAACAGAAUUGAUGAGCUCAGCCAGAAACUUAUCAGUCAAACCGAUGCUCAGUAUUGGAAUGGCUAUUUCAUGGGCACAACAGUUAACUACUUUCCGAGCCACUAUGAUCGCUUUGGGCUUUAUUGUAUCGUGAGAUAUGUCCUAGAAGAAGAUUUCCAUCGGUGUUACGAUAACUUUAAGGUGCACAAUUAG